AUGAUAAGUAAUAUAAGGAGGGCAGGGGAACAAAACUCGGGAAAAAAUAACUCAACGAUGACCGACGAAAGUAGGAACUCAUUAACAACAACCGAAAUGACGACGAACGCGUGCGAUGAGUCUAUUAAAGUAGCUGUAAGAGUACGGCCGCAAAACACUUCAGAAAUGUCGGGAACGCACAAACUCGCACUCCGAGCCAAUACAUCGUAUUCGACCAUAACGCUGAUUGAUCACCACUCAAAAAGUAGUCAGUGCCCACGGGCGCAAACAUUCCAAUUUGACAACAUUUUUUGUUCCUGUGGUUGUACCGAUGAGGGUGGUCUCCCGCCCGCGGGGCAGCUGGAAGUGUAUGAAGCGAUUGGUCGCCCACUUGUGAUGCAUGCCUUCAACGGGUACAACUCAUGUCUUUUUGCUUACGGACAAACGGGAAGUGGUAAGACGUACACAAUGAUGGGAGGAGAUCCGGGUUCUGUGUCCGGUGUGGAUGCUGGGGUGAUACCGCGUCUUUGCCUAGAGAUAUUCGAGAAGCGUGCUCGAAUCGAAGGAAAGGGCCACUCAAGGUGGAAGGUGACAGUUGGGUAUGUUGAAGUGUAUAACGAGCGUGUGUCUGACCUCCUGGCUCGGCGGCGGAAGGGAUCGAGGGAGGAUGUGUUCGUUGAUGUGCGUGAACAUCCCACGAUGGGUGUUUUUAUCGAAGGACAGAGACUGCAAGAGGUGUCGUCUGUGGAGGAAGUUGUGGAACUGAUCGAGUUGGGGAAUCGUGUGCGACACACGGCCUCAACGAAGAUGAACGACCGCAGCAGCAGGAGCCAUGCUAUCUUCAUGUUGAUACUACAUGAGGAGCGGUCUACACAAACGGCAUCUGGGCAAGUGAUCACCACCGCCGGGAUGAGUAGCCGAAUGAACUUGGUGGACCUUGCUGGAUCUGAGCGCGUUGCGCAAUCAGAGGUUGUUGGGCAGCAGUUUAACGAGGCACGAUAUAUUAAUCUCUCAUUGACAACACUCGGGCGCGUGAUCGAUAUGCUGGCAGAUAUGGCGAAGAAUAAAUCAUCACAAUGGUCGACACCACCUUAUCGGGAGUCUAAGCUUACAUACAUUUUGAAAGAUUCACUCGGUGGGAACUCGAAGACCUUUAUGAUCGCGACGGUGAGCCCGAGUGCUCUGAACUACGAGGAAACUCUGAGCACGCUACGAUACGCAUCACGUGCCCGUGAUAUCGUAAACAUGACCAGAGUCAAUGAGGACCCCCGCGCGCGUCGUAUUCGUGAACUUGAGGAACAGAUGGAGCAAAUGCGGCAAGACAUCAAAGGUAAGGACCCCACGUACGUCCGUGAGCUGGAGGAGAAGCUUGUGCUUCUCGAGGCGGAAGCGCAGAAGCGUGCUGCUGACCUUCAUGCACUGGAAAAGGAACGAGAGAAGAAUAUAAUUCGUGAGAAAAUGUUGUAUGCAACCGAGGUGGAGCGUGAGGAACUCCUGAUCAAGGCUACUGAGCUCGAACGGCAGGUUGAAGAGUCGAAACGCCGCGCUGAAUAUCAUGAAGAAAUGAGUCAGCGUUUGAAAGAUGAGUAUGCACAGCGAGAACAGGAGCUCUUAGAGAAGGUGCGGCAACACAGAGCAGAGAUAGAGGGGAUUAGAGAGAGGAAAGAUGCUGAAAUGUUGAGCAGUCAACAACAAUUGUCCAGGGUGAUGUCAGAACUUGAGCAAGAGCGUCAUUCACGAGAGGAAGCACUACACAUCCUUCGUGAAAGGCAGGAGCAAUUGAGCGCUGCACUUUGUAAUUCACAGCAGUCCUCAGAAAAGCAUACAGAAUUACAGCAACAGAACGAGGAACUUUCUCACCGCAUGCAAAAGCUGCUUGAAGAGUGUGAGGCACAACAACGAAUUCUCAGCGACCUCGAGGUAUUCCGACUUGAAAGAAAUGAACUUGAAGAGAUAGCCCAGUUUCUCGACCUGAAACUGGAAGAAACAGAACAUCGUCACAUUAAAACAAUAAAUCACCUCCUUACAACUAUUGGCAUGCACAAUCUUUGGCAGGCAGAGCUACUAACGGCGGUGGGCACUGAAGUUGAGACUCAACUUACCAAAUGUAACCAGCAUCAUUUCGACCAAAGAGCCGCAAUGGAAAAAAAUCAUAAAUUAUUUCAGAUGGAACAACACCAGAUGACAAAAAAACUAGAACAAAAAAUUCUAAUGUUAGAAAAAGAAAUAGAAGAAGCAAAAAAACAACUUGAUACCACAAAACAAUCAGAAGCCGCAAUAACCAACAAAGCAAGGCAAGCCGAGGAUGCGAGAGCUGCUGUGGAGCGUAAUCUGGAAACUGUGGAGGCUGAACGGGAUGAACUUCAACAGAGGUUGGACGCUACGAGCAAUGAUCUGAAAUCGCAACUUCGUAAUUCCGAGGAUGCGAGAGCUGCUGUGGAGCGUAAUCUGGAAACUGUGGAGGCUGAACGGAAUGAACUUCAACAGAGGUUGGAUGCUACGAGCAAUGAUCUGAAAUCGCAACUUCGUAAUUCCGAAGAUGCGAGAGCUGCUGUGGAGCGUAAUCUGGAAACUGUGGAGGCUGAACGGAAUGAACUUCAACAGAGGUUGGAUGCUACAAGCAAUGAUCUGAAAUCGCAACUUCGUAAUUCCGAAGAUGCGAGAGCUGCUGUGGAGCGUAAUCUGGAAACUGUGGAGGCUGAACGGAAUGAACUUCAACAGAGGUUGGACGCUACAAGCAAUGAUCUGAAAUCGCAACUUCGUAAUUCCGAAGAUGCGAGAGCUGCUGUGGAGCGUAAUCUGGAAACUGUGGAGGCUGAACGGAAUGAACUUCAACAGAGGUUGGACGCUACAAGCAAUGAUCUGAAAUCGCAACUUCGUAAUUCCGAGGAUGCGAGAGCUGCUGUGGAGCGUAAUCUGGAAACUGUGGAGGCUGAACGGAAUGAACUUCAACAGAGGUUGGACGCUACAAGCAAUGAUCUGAAAUCGCAACUUCGUAAUUCCGAGGAUGCGAGAGCUGCUGUGGAGCGUAAUCUGGAAACUGUGGAGGCUGAACGGAAUGAACUUCAACAGAGGUUGGACGCUACAAGCAAUGAUCUGAAAUCGCAACUUCGUAAUUCCGAGGAUGCGAGAGCUGCUGUGGAGCGUAAUCUGGAAACUGUGGAGGCUGAACGGAAUGAACUUCAACAGAGGUUGGAUGCUACAAGCAAUGAUCUGAAAUCGCAACUUCGUAAUUCCGAGGAUGCGAGAGCUGCUGUGGAGCGUAAUCUGGAAACUGUGGAGGCUGAACGGAAUGAACUUCAACAGAGGUUGGACGCUACAAGCAAUGAUCUGAAAUCGCAACUUCGUAAUUCCGAGGAUGCGAGAGCUGCUGUGGAGCGUAAUCUGGAAACUGUGGAGGCUGAACGGAAUGAACUUCAACAGAGGUUGGACGCUACAAGCAAUGAUCUGAAAUCGCAACUUCGUAAUUCCGAGGAUGCGAGAGCUGCUGUGGAGCGUAAUCUGGAAACUGUGGAGGCUGAACGGAAUGAACUUCAACAGAGGUUGGACGCUACAAGCAAUGAUCUGAAAUCGCAACUUCGUAAUUCCGAGGAUGCGAGAGCUGCUGUGGAGCGUAAUCUGGAAACUGUGGAGGCUGAACGGAAUGAACUUCAACAGAGGUUGGACGCUACAAGCAAUGAUCUGAAAUCGCAACUUCGUAAUUCCGAGGAUGCGAGAGCUGCUGUGGAGCGUAAUCUGGAAACUGUGGAGGCUGAACGGAAUGAACUUCAACAGAGGUUGGAUGCUACAAGCAAUGAUCUGAAAUCGCAACUUCGUAAUUCCGAGGAUGCGAGAGCUGCUGUGGAGCGUAAUCUGGAAACUGUGGAGGCUGAACGGAAUGAACUUCAACAGAGGUUGGACGCUACAAGCAAUGAUCUGAAAUCGCAACUUCGUAAUUCCGAGGAUGCGAGAGCUGCUGUGGAGCGUAAUCUGGAAACUGUGGAGGCUGAACGGAAUGAACUUCAACAGAGGUUGGACGCUACAAGCAAUGAUCUGAAAUCGCAACUUCGUAAUUCCGAGGAUGCGAGAGCUGCUGUGGAGCGUAAUCUGGAAACUGUGGAGGCUGAACGGAAUGAACUUCAACAGAGGUUGGACGCUACAAGCAAUGAUCUGAAAUCGCAACUUCGUAAUUCCGAGGAUGCGAGAGCUGCUGUGGAGCGUAAUCUGGAAACUGUGGAGGCUGAACGGAAUGAACUUCAACAGAGGUUGGAUGCUACAAGCAAUGAUCUGAAAUCGCAACUUCGUAAUUCCGAGGAUGCGAGAGCUGCUGUGGAGCGUAAUCUGGAAACUGUGGAGGCUGAACGGAAUGAACUUCAACAGAGGUUGGACGCUACAAGCAAUGAUCUGAAAUCGCAACUUCGUAAUUCCGAGGAUGCGAGAGCUGCUGUGGAGCGUAAUCUGGAAACUGUGGAGGCUGAACGGAAUGAACUUCAACAGAGGUUGGAUGCUACAAGCAAUGAUCUGAAAUCGCAACUUCGUAAUUCCGAAGAUGCGAGAGCUGCUGUGGAGCGUAAUCUGGAAACUGUGGAGGCUGAACGGAAUGAACUUCAACAGAGGUUGGACGCUACAAGCAAUGAUCUGAAAUCGCAACUUCGUAAUUCCGAGGAUGCGAGAGCUGCUGUGGAGCGUAAUCUGGAAACUGUGGAGGCUGAACGGAAUGAACUUCAACAGAGGUUGGACGCUACAAGCAAUGAUCUGAAAUCGCAACUUCGUAAUUCCGAGGAUGCGAGAGCUGCUGUGGAGCGUAAUCUGGAAACUGUGGAGGCUGAACGGAAUGAACUUCAACAGAGGUUGGACGCUACAAGCAAUGAUCUGAAAUCGCAACUUCGUAAUUCCGAAGAUGCGAGAGCUGCUGUGGAGCGUAAUCUGGAAACUGUGGAGGCUGAACGGAAUGAACUUCAACAGAGGUUGGACGCUACAAGCAAUGAUCUGAAAUCGCAACUUCGUAAUUCCGAGGAUGCGAGAGCUGCUGUGGAGCGUAAUCUGGAAACUGUGGAGGCUGAACGGAAUGAACUUCAACAGAGGUUGGAUGCUACAAGCAAUGAUCUGAAAUCGCAACUUCGUAAUUCCGAAGAUGCGAGAGCUGCUGUGGAGCGUAAUCUGGAAACUGUGGAGGCUGAACGGAAUGAACUUCAACAGAGGUUGGACGCUACAAGCAAUGAUCUGAAAUCGCAACUUCGUAAUUCCGAGGAUGCGAGAGCUGCUGUGGAGCGUAAUCUGGAAACUGUGGAGGCUGAACGGAAUGAACUUCAACAGAGGUUGGAUGUUUUUGAGAGGGAGUGCGCUGUUUUGAAUAUUCGCUUAAGUUAUUUAAGGAGGAAACUGUUGAGUGGCUUCGUCGUUGGCGAAGAACCUUAUAAGUUAACGCGAAAGAUAAUUAAUAUUGGAAAAUAG